AUGUGCCCCGAUGAGAAUUCCUUCCAACCCUUGCAGUUCCUACUGCUGGUGGGGGUUCUGGUGGCAAGUGCCCUCCUCCUGGCCCAGUGCCUUCGAUGGCACUGUCCUCGUUGGCUCGUGGGAACCUGCCAGAAGCCAGGUGACACAGAAGAUCCAGUGCCCCAGGCCACUCCUCUCCCUGAAAAUGAGCCUUCAAGCCAGUGUCCACCAGCCACACUGCCAGAGAUGGCUGCCUUCUACCAGGAACUGAACACACCUACCCAAGGCCAGACAGUCAUCCGCCAGCUGAUGCACAAACUCUUGGUAUAUUCAGCUCGAGAGGUGGACCACCGUGGUGGCUGCUUGAUACUCCAAGAUACGGGCAUCUCUCUGCUCAUUCCACCAGGUGCUGUGGCUGUGGGCCGCCAAGAGCGGGUGUCUUUGGUCCUAGUGUGGGACCUGUCGGAUGCCCCAUCGCUGUCCCGGGCCCAGGCGCUGGUGAGCCCUGUGGUGGCAUGUGGCCCCCAUGGGGCCUCCUUCCUGAAGCCCUGCACCCUCACAUUCAAGCACUGUGCCCAGCAGCCCAGGUAUGCAUGCACCUACAGUAGCAACACAACCCUGCUUGAUGUCAAGGCCUGGAGGCCAAUGGGGCGGCCGGGGGCCUACACCUCCCUGGAUGAGUGUCGCAUCCACCUCUCCCACUUCAGCCUCUACACCUGCGUGCUGGAGGCGCCUUCGGGGCGCGAGGCCCGCAAAUGGCUGCAGCUGGCAGUGUUCUGCUCACCUCUGGCGCCAGGGCAGUCACACCUGCAGCUGCGUGUCUACUUCCUCAACAACACGCCCUGUGCCCUUCAGUGGGCCAUGACCAACGAGCAACCCCACGGCGGGCGCCUGCGUGGACCCUGCCAACUCUUCGACUUCACUGGAGCCCGAGGGGACCAGUGCCUGAAGCUCAAAUACAUUUCGGAGGGUUGGGAGAAUGUGGAUGACAGCAGUUGCCAGCUGGUACCCCAUCUCCACAUCUGGCAUGGAAAGUGCCCCUUCCGUUCCUUCUGCUUCCGGAAAAAAGGUACCAGUGAGAGUGAGGACUACUCAGCACUAACCAAUGAGAUCAUUGUCACCAUGCACACCUUCCAGGAUGGCUUGGAGACCAAGUACAUGGAAAUCCUCAGGUUCCAGGCGUCAGAGGAGGAAUCCUGGGCAGCACCACCCCCAGUAUCCCAGCCUCUCCCAUGCAAUAGGCUGCCCCCAGAGCUCUUUGAGCAGCUACAGAUGUUGUUGGAACCAAAUAGCAUCACAGGCAAUGACUGGCGCCGACUGGCCUCCCACUUGGGGCUCUGUGGCAUGAAAAUUCGGUUCCUGUCCUGCCAGCGUAGCCCUGCGGCCGCCAUCCUGGAGCUGUUCCAGGAGCAGAACGGUAGCCUGCAGGAGCUGCACUACCUCAUGACCGUCAUGGAACGGCUGGACUGCGCCUCAGCCAUCCAGAGCUACCUGAGCAGAACACAAAGCCCGGUUCUUGCCCGUGGGCCCGCAGUGGAGAACCAGGGCAUGGAGCUCGAUGAGAAGCUCUGA